AUGAGUUUGACACCGCUGCAAAAGUCGGCUGCUUCAAAAAAUAAAGUUAAAGGCAGCCAAGGGCAGUUUCCCCUGACUCAGAACGUAACCGUCGUUGAAGGAGGAACUGCAGUCCUGACCUGCAGGGUUGAUCAGAACGAUAACACCUCCCUCCAGUGGUCGAAUCCAGCUCAACAGACUCUCUACUUUGAUGACAAGAAAGCUUUAAGGGACAAUAGGAUCGAGCUGGUUCGGGCUUCUUGGCAUGAACUGAGUAUCAGUGUCAGUGAUGUGUCUCUCUCUGAUGAAGGACAAUAUACCUGUUCAUUAUUUACGAUGCCUGUCAAAACUUCCAAGGCCUAUCUCACUGUUCUCGGUGUUCCUGAAAAGCCUCAGAUCAGUGGGUUUUCAUCACCAGUUAUGGAGGGAGACCUGAUGCAGCUGACUUGUAAAACAUCUGGCAGUAAACCUGCAGCUGAUAUCAGAUGGUUCAAGAAUGACAAAGAGAUUAAAGAUGUAAAAUAUUUAAAAGAGGAGGAUGCAAAUCGCAAGACUUUCACUGUCAGCAGCACCCUGGACUUUCGAGUGGACAGGAGUGAUGACGGAGUGGCAGUGAUCUGCAGAGUCGACCACGAAUCCCUCAAUGCUACUCCUCAAGUGGCCAUGCAGGUGCUAGAAAUACACUAUACACCAUCAGUUAAGAUUAUACCAUCCACUCCUUUUCCACAAGAAGGACAGCCUUUAAUUCUGACUUGUGAAUCCAAGGGAAAACCACUGCCAGAACCUGUUUUGUGGACAAAGGAUGGUGGAGAAUUACCAGAUCCUGAUCGAAUGGUUGUGAGUGGUAGGGAGCUAAACAUUCUUUUCCUGAACAAAACGGAUAAUGGUACAUAUCGAUGUGAAGCCACAAACACCAUUGGCCAAAGCAGUGCAGAGUAUGUUCUCAUUGUACAUGAUGUUCCCAUCACUUUGCUUCCCACUACUAUCAUCCCCUCCCUUACCACUGCAACAGUCACAGCCACUGUAGCCAUAACCGCCAGCCCUACCACACCUGCAACCACCAGCAGCAGAAGAGACCCCAGUGCUCUGGCUGGCCAGACCGGCCCUGACCACGCCCUUAUAGGAGGAAUAGUGGCUGUAGUUGUGUUUGUCACAUUGUGUUCUAUAUUCCUGCUCGGUCGGUAUCUGGCAAGACAUAAAGGAACGUAUUUAACAAAUGAAGCUAAAGGAGCUGAAGAUGCACCAGAUGCUGACACAGCCAUUAUCAAUGCUGAAGGCAGCCAAGUCAAUGCUGAGGAGAAAAAAGAAUAUUUCAUUUAAAAUGCAGGCCAAGAUUCUGAGUUUUACUUACUGGGCUGGCUGCUGGAGAAAACUGGCUCUCAUCUUUCAGAAUUCCUUUCUACCAUCUUCUGCUACCUUUAUUAACUUCCAUACCGUACUGCUGUCAGUAGCCAGGGUGUACCAGCAAUCAGCUGCCGGAGGCAUCAUUCUUUAAUCACUGUACCAUCCAUAAUGCAGGACAUUUCUUACUGCCUAAAUUCCACACCAUUGCUCUUUUAACAUACAGUGCUUGAAUAUACAGCCUUAACAAUGUUAAUAAUCUCCUUGGAUCAUGAUAUUGAAUUGUUUUUAUACAUUGAAAAAAGUGUAUGCAGAGUUUUUCUUGUUUGUUCCCCCUUAUUUUCACCCCCUGUAAAUCAUGGGCUUAGUUUGCCAUUGGACAGCUUCACAAAAAAACAGAAUUAGGUAAAGAGCUAAUGUGCUUAAGUUUAAUCAGACAUUAAAAGUUUACAGACAAUGUUUUCUACAUGUCUCCCUUCCAAGGCAUGUUUGGAAACAUAUGCCCUAGAAAACACAAACUGAAAACACUGUAGUAUAGAUUCUGGAUUGUUUGCGAUAUACUGGUAAGGCUGUAUCAAUUUGCUAUUUAAAAAUAUAGUAUUUGAUACAGGAGCCAUGUGUAUGAAUUGUAAUCCUAUCAUGGUACCUUAUAUAAUUGUAUAGAUCCCACCAUUAGGUUAUUUUAGCUUCAUUUACUAAUAAAUUAUUACAAACAUUUUACUGCUUGGGAAUCACAAAGAUUUCAUUCAUUUUUCCAGUUUCAUUCUGUAAUUUAUUUGCUCCACAGGAUUCACCUUCCUAAACAAAAUCGAAGUAUCCAUAGGGCACAAUUUUGAGACAUUUUAGUAUCUGUAUAUAGUGCAUAUAACAAAUCCAAUUAAACAUUAUUUGAUACAUAUUCAACUUUUUUGGGCUGUAGGUAGUUCAAUCAUAAGUGAGCAUUUUCUAAUGUCCAUUAUAUCCCUUUAGAUAUUACUUAAACAAAUAUUAUAAGUAGAUAACAUGUAUUAGUAUUUUGUCUGUAUGUCCUAGCACUGUUCAACAACAAAUUUUUCUAGUUCUUGUUAAUUUUUAUUUCUUAUACAAUGGAAGCACAAUGUUAUAAGGAAAGGUAAUUUUAAGCUAACAACCAGUGCACAGCCUCAGGUUUAAAUUACAACCACAAUAGAAUAAUAACCUAAAAAUAAACUCUUAGUUUGCUAAAAAAUUUUCAAGUUUUAAUUUGGCAGUUCCAUAGCUGCUUACCUAUGUUGGUUUGCCAAAAACAAGUGUUUAAGAUAUGUUUUAUGUAUAGAUGAACUAAUUCUUUAUAUUAAAUUCCUGUCUAUGCAUUUUGUGAGGUACAAACUUAUGAAACAGUGAGUGAUAGAGAAUUUCUGCCAUGCUUUUACCUCCAAGGUGAAAGUCUCUUUCUCUGGAUUAUUUCUGAAAUUUUGGUGUAUUUAACCAUUAAGAAAUGCUGUAUCCUUAAAUAUGACACAGAGUUCAUCUAAAGUCAUAUUAUUUCUUGUAGUAAAAUACGAUAUUGUUAGAUUAGUUCCCAUUCAAUUUAUUAUAUGCUAAAGAUUAAAAAUCCAGUUAGAUAAAAAUUGUUUUCCCAUUCACAAGCAUUGCACCUUUCAGAAGAAAACAAGUGUGACAAUACGGUAGCUCUACUUGUGAUGUCAAAGCAUGAUGGCCUAUGGUUUUUAAAAAACAAUAUCUUGGAAUUUGCUUUGGGGAAUUGAGAAUGUUCAAGUAUGACAUCAUAUGUUAAUAUCAAAUGAAAGACAAGGGUGCUGUAUCUUAGAUUAUUUAUCAGAAAAGUAUAAAUCUUUUAAAUACAAUGUUAGAAUUUUAAAUUGUUUUCUUUUUAUUGUGGAAGCAUUUAUCUUGUUAUUUCUUACAAAAAAGAAAAAGGAUUAUGUCAGUCAAGCAGCACUUUUUCAGAAUAUACAAAACAUAAAUAAUAUGAUGUGGUUGAGUGUUAACAUAAUAAAUCAUAUACAGUAUGGCAUUUUAAGGAAAUAAGUCUGCAUUGAUGUGAUUGCAUGCUUGUUUUUACAGUUCAAUUCAUACCAUCUGUGGAAAAAUGCAAUAAUAUGUUAAUAUAGUAUGGUAGUUUGAGAGAAUCGGGUAGGUGCUACUAGACACAUUGAAACUAGAAUAGGUUUAUAAACUGUUCAUAUCUUUCAAAGCAUAAUCUUUAGAAAGACGCCACAAAGCAAAAUUCAUCCUGUUAGAACAAAUGGAAAGUUUCUUAUUACAAAAAUUGUAUAAACUCCAUCAUCAAUUACUACUUAAAGCCUAAUUUCAAAAUGCACUUACAAAAUUGCUCCUAUUCAUUAAUGUUGUAUUUAAAUCUCUCUUCAUUUUGUCUAUAUUCUACUUGGCUCCUGAUGCUUAAUUACUGCUUAAAUAAAUGACUCAUUAUUUCCAACACUGUAAAAGUAGAAAUCCAAAAUUGGUUGCCUUUCAAGAUUUUUUGAUUCUUUAACCUUUCAGAGUAAUAUAAAAACCCUUUAGAACUCUUUAAAACAAACCAACUGGUAUAUUGUGAUCUGCAAGCUCUAAUUGAAUAUUUCACCAGUUAAAAUAGAUAGGUUAGGUAUCAUUUUAGUUACUGAAAAAAGGCAAUGGAAUUAUAUUUUCCUGUUUUUUAAAUUACUUUAUUUUCAACCAUCAAAAAUAAAAUAUAAAAAUCUUUGCUUAUUUCUAUAAAUUCCAGAAUAAAAUGAAAUACCAUUUUUAAAUGGAACCCUGUCAAAUUCAAUGUCCAAACCAUGCACACUUUUAUGCACAGAGAACCAAAUUCUGUCUCUGCUCAGUGAGCACAGGAGCCCCAGAACUCAGUGGAAGGAGUAUGCAUGCACAUACAGACUUGCAAACGGCCCUAGUAGAAUAUGGAACAUUAUUUUUUACCAAAAGUAGCUAUUCUCUGCCAGUGUACUGUUUACAGUGUAAACUGAUUGUCCUUCAUCAAAAAAAAAAGUGUAAGCAACAUUUUUUUCUUGUUUUUUUUUUCUGUUUUUGAGUGUCCUAGAUAGAAAAAUUAUCAAAAUUAGGAAGAAAAAGGAAAGUUUGUGAGCGGAAGAGCAAAGACAGAAAACAUGAGCAGAGUUUUGAGGUGUAUGUGUGGGGGGGGAGUGAGAGAGAAUGAGAGAGAGAGAGAUUGAUUUCAACUUGUUUUCUCUUACUAGAGAAUUCAAGAGGUAGUUUAAGGAACUUGACAUUGGAGUUUAAUCUAAAAACUGGGUAGUAUCAUAUUGAUUCAAGAUGUUCAAUCUUGCAAUGAAACCCCACAACUAAAGUAAAAAAUACAGAAAGAAAAACUAACUUUCCUAAACAUAGCAAAGAAGCUAACACCUCAUUUAUUUUUAAUUUUUUUGUAAAAAUAUAUAAAUAUCUCAAAUAAAAGGACAGGUUCACUUGUAAUUAUGUACUCACGAUUGUAAUAGCAUUGAGAUUCCAUAUAGGCACAUGUACAGCAGUUAGUCGACAGUGAUGGUUCUUCCAUGUAAUAUAGCAGUUAUUGUAUAAUAUAGUGCCACUUAUUGCAAAGUGUUACAAGGGGAACAUUUAAAAUACUUUACUUUGGACUUAAAGGAUAAUUUAAUGUACACUAAAGAUGAAAUUUCAUAUUAGGUUUUUAAUUGUGGAGAAAAUAUAAAACUUCUAUCUUACUGCAACUUCCUUGUCAUAAUGCUAAUUACUCAGAGCCCUCUAAAAAUGCCCAACAUUACCCCCCCUUUGCAAAUGUAACCUGUGACAAAUAUAUAAAAACAAACAAGUCCAAUUGGCAAUGACAGCUGAAAUAAAUGAAACACCUAGUGACAAUUA